AUGAGCGUCUCAAAGGUGUUCUCUCCGGGAAUCAGCGAAUUCAUUGUCAUUGAGGGCAUCGACUUAACUGAAAUAAAAAACUUUUCGGAGCAAUUAAAAGAGGCAGAAGCCGAAGCCAAGGCUGCCCUAGAAGCUCAAAGUCCUGAUGUACCUCAAGAGACAGUAGCUGAAAUGGAAAAGUCAGUCGAAAGAGAGAUCGCUUUCGAAGACUUAAAUACAAGCAAAAGUGAGUUAACUCCCCUUAUUCAUAACUCAACCGAAGAUAACAGCACUAAACUCGAACAUUCAUUAUCUGAGGAUGUUAAAGCAGAAGCAAUUCCCGAUGGGGACGAGGAAAUGGUCGAAAUAACACCUAGCCAACCGAAAGAAAAGCUCUGCUUCCCAGAUGAUGCUUCAAAGGACAACUCCGUCCGAAAAUUAUUUUCGAACAAUCAAGAAGUUAGCAUUGAUUUGACAGAUUCGUCCGAUUCCGAAAAUGACUCAGAUAUGGAUUUACGUAGUGGACCAAAGAGUCCUCAGAUUAAGCUGAAACUGAAUCAAAUGAGCAACUCAACCAAAAUUGCACUCCCGGGAUUCAAGAAAAUCGACAAUAUUAAAACCUGGAUCAAGCAGUGUAGCUUUAUCCUCUACUAUGGCGGUAUAGAUGACGAGGCUAAACAGGUCUCGCACAUGUGUGGCCGACUCCCACAGCCUCUUCAGAAAACAGUUAUUCUUGAGCUUUCUAAAGGCGAUGAUAAGGACAAAACCAAAAUGACAGUCAAACAUUUCGAAGCGACCCUCGAAAAAUGCUGUCGAAAAGAUAAUUUCGAAUACGAAAUUAUGCUUAAAAGAUAA